AUGUCGCUGAUCCUAUCUGGAAUUUUCAACGCGAUGCAGAUUGUCGGCGUAUGCGUUGCAUUUCUGCUCAUCGACAGAAUCGGGCGGAGACCGCUCGCCAUUGGCGGCGGUAUCGGCAACAUGACUUGCUUUGUGAUAAUCGCGGUGUUCGUUGGCAGGUAUGAAGGCGUCUGGGCUGAGAACACAAGCGCAGGCUGGGUGUGUGUUGCCAUGGCGUUCUUAUUCAUCAUUGUCUUCGGAGCCUCCUACUCUUCGUUGGGAUGUGCUCUUCCGCCCGAGGUAUUCCCCGUCAGCAUUCGCUCAAAGGGUGUCGCCUUCUCGAUUGCCAUUAAUUGGCUUUCAAAGUUCACAGUAGGCGUCGUCACACCACCCAUGAUUGACGACAUCAGAUUCGGCACAUACGUUUUCUAUGCCUGCUUCUGCGGCCUUGCUGCUCUUUGGGUGUACUUUCUUGUUCCAGAGACUAUGGGCAAGACUCUCGAGCAGAUAGAUGAAGCAUUUGGAGAUCUGAGUGGCCAAGAAGAGCAAGAAAUUAUGAGAGAGAUUAAGAGCAACCCAGCAUAUAUGAAAGCCGAUGCGGAUCGCAAAUCCUAG